AUGUCCGCUCCCGCUCGGUCAACAUCGCCGCAUGCCCGGAGGGCAUUGCACGAGCGUACCCCGUCUCACACAAAUGAAAGAUCACCGACCCGCUCAUUGCGCAUGGUCCCCGACGAAGAGGUGGAUAUGUAUAAUGCGACACCAUUUCCGACCAAACCCGAGCAGAUUCUACUACCGCUUCCCGGUAAAGGACAGCAGGAGUAUAUCUCAGACAUCGGCUUCAGCUAUUCAGAUCCCCAUUUGGGACCCUCUACGUCAACGUAUUCUCCAUCGGCUUUCAGCCAGGUUUCCCUGAACAGCCCGAGAGAUCACUCAAUUGGCGAGAGUUGGGGUGUAUCCUCUACCGGUGAGACCGGCAAUUCACCCCCGCAGAUGUGGGAUGAUGACCCAUCCUCUAGCAAGUCAUCAUUGCCAGAUAUCGCUUCGGGAAAGGCCCCAAACUAUGGAUUCGAAAGUUCAGAACCCGAGUUCUCAGAUGACGAGAUGAUGGUUUUGCCCACGGCCACACCAACAAUCAAAGCAGUGCUGUCUGACCCGCCCACAUCAGUAAAGUCAUCCGACGAUUCUGACUCGGCAGCUGGAUACUCCAGCCCCAGUCUGGAACAAAUGGAGAGUCCCUCAAGUCCCAAUUUUGUUUUGCUGAAUAACUCGAGCAUAAGUUUCCCUCGUCCGGGGACAGCAUCCUCAGAGUCUGACCCGCGAACGAACUCGCUGUCUUCGUAUAAUUCACGAGGCACCGUUGUGAGACACGCCGGUGCUGCACCCUGGUUCCACAACGCCUUCCAACCAGCCUCAUCAGAUCGAUCGAGCUACCAGAGCCUGUCUUUUCACUCUAGUCCGCCUGCGCAAUCUGUCGCAUCGUUUCGCUCAUCAUCGAGAGUCCCAUCAGGCAACUACUCCCGAUCUGCGACGUCUUCCUCGCGCAGCCUUCGCUCUGCAUCUGACUUGCAGGCAGCCAUUGACAGCGGAGUGCCUGUCCAAUACCCGCGUAUUCGCGCGCCAUCGUCUUCCAGCUCCCGCGCAGGCACGUCGGUUUCAUCAGAGCGUGACUUUACCCCGGGUUCCGCUUCUGGUCGUUGCAAUCCUCAUCUCGCAUCUGGCCAUUGGGCUUCACCAUCGAGCUCCGAAGCUGAUACUUCAGCCUCAGAGCGCGGGUUCACUUCUGGACCCGCCUCUGGACGUACCAACCCUCACCUGGCAUCUGGUCGCUGGAACCCGCACUUGUCAACAGUCUCAUCCAUCUGGUCCGCUGAUGAAUUAGCCAAUCUCUCUGCUCAAGCAGAGACAGAUUCAGACCGCGAAAUGGCAGAGCCAACACCGCCCCCACCAGCGGCGUUGCAGACUGAAACGACCAGAUCUUCCGUCUGGCUCGUUGACUCCUCCAAUGACAGUGAAGAUGAGCGCCUGGACAGUCUCACCAAGCUUCCCAGCCGCCCAGUGUUCGCCCAGAGCCUUUCUUCCGGCUCAAAGCGCAGCAACAGCUCCCGGAGUCUACAACGCCCAGGCACCGGAUCCAGCACCAUCCUCAGCAUCCUGCCUACCUGGGCCAAGGUCUACUAUCUGCGCGAGCCAAUGGGCCUAAGUUCAACCCUCUCCAUGAUCGAUGCCAGCCGUCCAUCAUCUGCUCGCCCUGGAACAGCCAACUCAAGCGUCUUCAACCUCGUCCCGGGCCCCCUUAACGUCCCCCGACCUCGCUCCCCCGACCGUCCUCCAUCCCCCGAGCACCCUGUGCCAGCCUCACGCUCACGCGCCCCCCAACGCCGUCUGGAAAGUGACCCGCGCGAUCCACGCGCACACUGGGUUCCAUCACCACAACCCGAAGACGGCGAGUUCACAGGGAGCCACCUGCACCGACUACGUCACAGCUGGUCACCACACCUCGUCCAUGACCGACGAGUCGUGCAGCACUCAAGCAGUCGGUGGCGGGCGCCAUCGCUGGACUCGCGCAAUGAGCCAAUGUUCGGACGCCGGAACAUCCAAGUAUACUCCUUCUGCUUUGGGUUCAUCUGUCCCCUGGCGUGGUGCAUUGCAGGUUUCCUUCCGCUACCACCAAAGCCAAAACCCGCGCCGGAGAUGUUGGAGUACGAGUCUGACUCGGAUGUCGAGAUGGCGUUAGAGGCUCAGUGUAUGAGCCUCCAGCAGCGGCGGCACGAGAAUGCGCGCUGGUGGAGGAAUCUUAAUCGGUGGAUGAUCUCACUUGGGGUCGUGAUUGUUGUUAUCAUUAUUGUGCUUGCUGUUAUUGGGACAACAACUGGUUUCUAA